CUUGUCUGUGAAAUGGGGAUCAGAUCCACCCUGAAGUGUUGUGAACAAGGUCGAAAAUUAGGACAAUUAUGAUGAUGGUUAUUCUGCAGGAGUAACUGCACCACGGCACAAGAAUCUAAAACCGCGGAAUGCAGGGUAGCUGCGGUCUGAAGUUCUACCAAGGCUAUUCUGGCAUUUCCACCAUCCCUCUCCGCCUCCUGCCCGUCCUCUCUCCAGGGUGCUGGCGGUGUCACCAGGGCAACCAGCACGCGCUGCCCACGCUCAACUCCCGGCCGGUUCCGCAACCGCCCACCGCACUCUCCGCACCGUCGGCUGCGCGGCGCGUCCCACGCCCCGGUCCCGGACCGGUCUCCGGUGGCCUUUGGGCUGGAGCGGCGGGCAGCAUGGCCAGGGCGGCAGCCUCCUCGGCGCUGGAGGACUUGGACCUGAGCGCAGAGGAGGUCCAGCGGCUCACCUCGGCCUUCCGGGACCCGGAGUUCCGCAGACUGUUCUCCGACUACGCCGAGGAGCUCACGGACCCCGACAACCGGCGGCGCUACGAGGCGGAGAUCACGGCGCUGGAGCGGGAGCGCGGCGUGGACGUGCGGUUCGUGCACCCGGAGCCGGGCCACGUGCUGCGCACCAGCCUGGACGGGGCGCGGCGCGGCUUCGUGAACGUGUGCAGCAACGCGCUGGUGGACGCGCCCCGCGGCCGGCCGGACGGCCACUGGUCGCUGCCCUACAGCCUGGCGCCGGGCCGCGAGUACCUGGGGCGCCGCGGCGGCCGCUACACCGUCUACGACGUGGUCUUCCACCCGCGCGCGCUCGCGCUGGCCCGGGGCCACGAGCGCUUCCGCCGCAUGCUGGACGACGCGGCCCUGGACGCCGUGGAGACGCAGUGGGGCGUGAGGCUGGACCGCACCAACGCCAGGACGCUCAAGAUCAAGUACAAGGGCACCCCGGAGGCCGCCGUGCUGCGCGCGCCCCUGCCCGGGGCCGGCCCGGCGCGGCCCGAGGGGGAGCCGGAGGGCCCUCUCCCCGGCCUGCCCUACCCCUACCCGCCCCCGCGCCCGGCCGCCCGGCCCCCCGCGCCCGCCCCUCCGGCCGCCGGCCCGCCGCGCGCGCCCACCGAGCCCCGCUACAGCGUGGUGCAGCGCCACCACGUGGACCUGCAGGACUACCGCUGCGCCCGCGACUCGGCUCCCGGGCCCGUGCCGCACGAGCUGGUGGUCACCAUCGAGCUGCCGCUGCUGCGCUCGGCCGAGCAGGUGGCGCUGGAGGUGACGGGGAGGCUGCUGUGCCUGGACUCGAGGGCCCCCGACUACCGCCUGCGCCUCUCGCUCCCCUACCCCGUGGACGACAACCGCGGCACUGCGCAGUUCCACCGGGCCCGCCGGCAGCUGCUGCUCACGCUGCCCGUCGUGCGCCCCGCCCCGCGCCCCGCGGCGCCGGAAGAGCCCGCCCGCGCGCCCGGAACUGACGGCCCGGGGCCGAAGGAGCGGGAGAGGGAAGAGGAGGAGGCACCGGAGGAGGAGGAGGAGGAGGAGGAGGGUGGGCGGGAGAGGAAGGAUCGGGAGGAGGGAGAGCUGGAGCGGCGGGAGAAAGAGCGGGGGGAGGAGAAGCAGCGAGAGGAGGAGGAGGAGCGGGAGCAGCGAGCAGAGGAGCGACAGCGGCAGGAGGAGCGGGAGCAUCGGGAGGAGGAGGAGCCGGAGGAGGAGCAGCGGGGGGAACGGCGUGGGGAGGAGGAGCAGCGGGAGCAGCAGUGGGAGGAGCGGGGCCCGGGCGGGCGGGCGGUGUGGACUGCGGCCGUCGGGGAGGAGCCGCCCCUCGGAGCAGGGAGCCUCCCGGGCACUUCAGCCGGGUCCCCGGGCAGGGGCCCUGGUGCAGGAGCAAGGGGCGCACGCGGGGAGCCUCGCGGUGAAGCCAUGGGUGGUCCUGGGGCCGCCCGCCGGGAGCCCGUGUGUCCCCCUUCGCGGUGCAGGCAGGACGAGGAGUCCCUGACCCUGCUGGUGCAAGUGCCUCGGAUCCAGCCGCAGAGUCUGCAGGGGGACCUGAGCCCCGUCGGGUACCAGUUGCGCUUCUCCACCCAAGACCUGGGUUCCUACGCCUUCUCCCUGCGCUUUGCUCCGGAGAACCAGCUGAGCUGCAGGGCGCCCGCGGUCAGCGUCUCCCCGCACAACGCGGUGAUCGAGCUGGCCAAGGCUCCGGGCUGCCGCGGGCCCUGGAGGGAGUGGUAUUACGGCCCACACGGCGGCUCCUUGGAGGAAAGGUUGUUUGUCAAUGAAGAAAAUGUUAAUGAAGUUCUUGAAGAAGUCCUCAGCUCUCCAUCCACGUGGACGGAGCCCCUAACCCCACCAUUGAUCGAAGUUCUUCAGGUUUCUGAUAGUAAGAUUCAGAUUCAUGCAAAGUUGCAAGAAUGUAGUAACUCUGAGCAGCUUCAUGAAAAUGAAGAAACAGUCAACGAAGGAAGUCAUCUUACUGAAAAAGAAAGUACAGAACAUUCUACCAGCUUCCGGAGCGAGUCUGCUGAUUCAUCUGGAGCAGUUCAAGUACUAGAAACAGACAGUUGUGGUUCGGCUGCACACUUGCAACAAGAGUCUCUCGAUAUUUCUAAAAUGCCACUUGGAAAGUCUGAGCAGUCCGAAUCAAAAAUGGAACCUGAAUUUAUAAAAGAAAAACGUGCUGUUUACUCAAAUGAGGAAAAAGAUAAUUUAAAAGAACCAGUAACAACUGAAGAGGAGUUGUUAGAUGAUCACCUGUCUUCAUUACUGAACAAAACCACGGUUCACAAUGGAUCUGGUUUUGACAACAUAAAAGAAACCAAUAUGCAGGAUGGUAGUGUGCAGAUUAUUAAAGAUCAUGUGACUCACUGUGCAUUCAGUUUUCAGAACUCUCUGCUAUAUGACUUGGAUUAAUUCUAUAUAAUUUUGGAACUUAAAGGUUAAGAGUAAAAAAGUGUUGGACUUAGAUUCUUUCUGUUAACUACUGUCUUCAAACUGAAGGUAAACAACGAAGUAUAAAAUUAAAAUUUGCAAUUUUGAUUCUAAUGGGGAAGCUGGAGAUAUUUUUUUUGCAUGUAGAGAAUUUAUACAAAGCUUCCUUAAUUAUGGAGAUAAGUUUUGUGAUUUCUCUGAUAGAGGUGUAUUUUUUCUAACGGAGAAUUAAACAUUUAGUUUUAAUAUAACCUGUAUAUAUUUACUUCUGUCUUAUUUUUGGCUUCUUUUACAAUUUUAAUAAAAUUUCAAAAUAUUCACUAAGUUGUAUCUGUCACAAAAAGUAAUUACCAAGAAUGCAAUUAACUAGGAAUAUAAAUGUGUGUGUGGGGGGGCGGUAGAAUCUCAAAACUAUAUAUAAAUCUCACUGAAUAGGAGGUACUUAGGCCUGAAACAGGUUCUUAGAGAGGAAAGAACUUACUAACCAAUAUUAACGAUCCAAACAAUUACAAUACAAAUACAGUGAAUGAAAUUUAGUAUUUUUGCCUCAACUCUGUAUUUUACUUUUCUGUCACACAAAAUAUAGGCAUAAUACAGGUUAUUUAGUAAUGACUUUGAAAAUUGAAUUUUUUGGAAGUUGCUGUCAUAGUAUUAAAAUAUCUUUUAGUUUUAUAAAAUAUAUUUAUGAAUUUUAGAACAGAACAAUAAAAAUAUCUGGGAAUUUGCUCCCAUAGGAAAAUUGUCUUCAUUAUAUUUGUUACAUGAAAACAACAAAAAAAAGCUGGUGUUUUCUAAUAAUUUUUUUCUGUAACAUCUAUAAGAGGGCAGCAGAUGAUGUAUCUAACAGUGGCUAAGUUAUUAAUUUUGUGGAACAGUAUUUUUAUUUGUGGCCAGGAGAAAAUUCUAAUAGAUUUUUUCUCACAAAAAUUUUUAGUACAGCAUGAAGGAAAAUUUAGAAAGAAAAAUAUUUGAUCUAAUUCCUGACCCCAAGGCCAUGGAGCUGAUCUAUUUCCAUUCCAAAAAUGGCUACUAAUUCAAACCUCUGGUCUUACCUCAGUCCUGGAAACUACCUAAUUGUCCUUCAAACUGGGGAGGUCAGAUCAGAGCACCAAAAGCAGAACAAACGCAGCUCAUCAAGCCAGAGAACUAUUCGCUUCACCUUAGAUGACAGGAUGCACUUUUCAAUCCUAACAGGAAUCUUGGUUUGAUGCAAUAAUUUUGAGACUGUCAAUUUAAUACACCAUUUUCUUAGACUGAAAUGACAAAUUGUAGUAUCUACACAGAAAUUAGUCUGAAUAAUUUCUUGUUGAAUGGAAUUAUUCACCGUUAAGAAAAACUUCUUUGUUAAGUAUGGAGUAAAUUAAAGACUUUCCUAUUAUUUACUGUUUGUCCUUUAAAAAAGUAUGAUUUCAGUUAAAAUAAAGCUGGCACUAGAACAUGUUUCA